AUGGCAGGAACGAAACGCAAACAUGGAGAAGAUUCUCCAAGCCAGCUAUAUAGUAAUAAAUCGCGCUCGCGGCCCCCAAUCGUCGAAGCUCGCGUGGACCCAACAUAUGGCCAACGAAGCGCGCUGCCAGAUCUUGAUAACGAACCGAUGGUGGAUGUGGAUGAAGGUGGGCUGAGUUACGAUGAAGAUAGCAUGGAUGCAUUGAGCUAUCUCCGAGCAGUCAGGGAGGAGGCAACUGGGAUUCCAAAUCUCCUGGUUGCUCCAAAAAAUACUACGGAGGCAUAUGAUGAUGGCACAUACGAAGAUGAUGUUGCCGACUACAGCGGUUACUACGAAGACGGUGCAUACUACACUUGGGACUCUGUACCCAUAAGCUCGGAUAUCGCUGAGGGAGAAGACAGAGUGGUAGAAAGGGACCCACAGCUCGCAUAUUUUGACUCAAUCCUCUCACGAUUCGAAGCUUUACGGGCACAGCUGCGGCAAACACCACCCCCGGAAAUAGUGGCGAAGCUGGAUUCGAAGCAUCCCAUACGGCCCGCCAAAAGAACGAAAAGCAAUUCGAUCGCGAAAUGGUGGAGACAUCAAAUGGAAACCAUAAAUCCGGCGCCGGCUCAGAUUGCAAGUAUGGAUAAGAGUACUGUCUUGAGGGUGCUUGGAUCGUUGACGGGAGGGAAAUUGCUCAAGAGCGGAACAGAUAUCAAAAUGAGUGUUAGCCAGUGGGCGUGGGCAUUAUUGGCGAAGCUACCAGAUAGAGGCGAGCUAUCGAGUGAAGAGAUUGGUAUAAUUAGGGAGUUAGGGAAGAAGGCGGUGUUGGUGGGUAUGGGCCUUAAGGGGGAGAAGGACUGGCAGGAGGGGAUGCACGAGGUAGAAGCCGGAUUUGACGAGGACGAAGAAGAGGAGGAAACAUAUCCGAUUGUAAAUGAGGAGGAGAUUCAGUUGGAUAUUGACGAUGAUCUUGAUUUCGGGACUGAUCCGACGGCAACCGAGUCCUAUGUUUCAACUCACGGCACUUCGACUGGUGGUCCUCAAAUUGGUCCUCAACUACCUUCUGAUUUGGAAAACGCAAGGCUGGAUGAACAGAACUCGAUUGACAGGAACCCCCCGAUCAGUUCAGCCAAAGACUUGAGUGGUGAUGGCACGAUCGCUGAUAUCCCUAUGGAGAACCAAAGAACCAGACUUGAAGCUCAAUCUCUCAGCAAUAGUCAGCCUCUAAUUUCUGGCAUGGAGGAAGAACGAUUACCUUCAGAUGAGCCUCUACAGGAUUCUGAAGAAGCAAAAUUUGAGGCUGCAAAGGCGCGAAUCCUUGCGAAUCUUGAGAAAGGAGCUCUGGAAGACGAACUCAAUCAAGAGCCACAGGUUCGAGAUGCGGAUCAAGAAAUCAAAUCUUCAAAAUGGAAUACCAUGGCAACGGUUGACAUGAUACUCACAGUUGUUGGCGAGAUGUAUGGACAGCUGGAUCUUCUGGAGUUUAGGUCUGCUUGGGUGAGAGAUAAUGUGGUAGCCGGAUGA